AGAACUUCUUCAAUCCGAGAGAGCGCUUCAGCCUCGGAAGAUGACCGCGAAGGCGAUGACGGCGAUAUCGUUGAUCGAGAUGUGCUCCGGGGUUUGCAUAUUGUAGCAUCGGCAGCUUGUGACGAAGAAGUAGAUGCUUUUGUGCGUAACAGAACGGGUCUGCGGCUGCGUCGAUUUCUGGCAGACUUGAAGGUGCUGGAGACACUUCGCGAUAUCCAACCCGUCGAGGGUCUUGGUCCUGGUGCGAGGCGGAGGAGGUCAACCAUGAGGCAAUUGAAGCGGCAGGUCCGUCGGUUUCGGGACGCAAGAGAAAGUGUUAUGGCUGCUUAA